CUGCACAGCGGAGCUUUAGCUCUCACGCCACCUCCACCGUCAGUGACGUCUGCGUCACGUGUCCAUCUCUUCCCUCUGUACGUCCGUCGUAUUUUCCUCCCCUCACUGCCUGCUUUAACACUGAGAAAUAAACAAGCGCAAAAAAAGGCUGCCGUUGUGGGGACCGGUCUGGCUCCAGUGUCACGUUUAUCACCAGCCUAUGGACAGAGGGGGCUUACACCUAUAAGUUGCCAUCAGUGAAGCCCAAGCCUCCCGUCAGUUUCUGCCUCCACUGAGCCCAUAUUAUUGUAAACUUUUUAAAGCCUGCGCUGCACUGAGCUCCGACAAAGCGAGGUUUUCCCUUUUUAAAAUUGCGGUGGGAACUACAAGGGACCUAUGGACAAGUCCUGCUGUCCUCCUUCCCCCAUGCCUGGUCUAUAACGACCCAUAUUCUCACUUGCACCCCACUUUUCAGCCAUUUGACCAACCCUCCCCACCCUGUCGUCAUAUAAUGGCCAGCAAGAGGAAGUCUACCACUCCUUGUAUGAUUCCCAGCAAGAUCAUACGCCCAGCAGAUGAGGUUGAACAGGACUCUCUGGUUCUUCUCCGUCACUCCAGGAUUUCUGGAGGGGGCAGACAUAGCCCGCUCGACCCAGGAGAGUCUUCCAAACCAGAGCUGGGGGACACUGUCAAAGAUGGUGCUGGCACAUACACCUGUAAGCCUUGUAACUUUGAAACGCAUGACCUUAACUUGUUCUUGGAUCACGUGUACUCUGGGCACCCAGACUUCCGUGCGGACCCCAGCUUCUUUUGCGUGAGCUGUGGGUUUUCAGCGCCCAAGUUUGAAGGGCUGGCCCUGCAUAAUGCCAGGGUUCACCCCAGCACAUUGAACACAACUCUGCAGCUGAGGAAGAGGGACAGGAGAGUAGUAGUGGAGCAGAAUCUGGUGACUGGGGCAGAGACAGGGAAGGAUAGCGAGAUCUCCAUCACUAAGACCCCGAUUAUGAGGAUGCUGAAGGGCAAAUCGGAGUCUAAGCGGAUAGUGGUGUCUCACCCAGUCUCCGACGAUCCUUCCUCAGACUCGCACUCUAUCUCUGCGUCCAGAGAAACUGAAAGAAAAGAGCCUACUGCAGUGACAGUCACACAUGUUCCCACAAUUGUCCACAAUGGAACAACCAAGGUCACUCUGCCCUCAGGAAUCCAGAUAGUCAACGGCUCUGGAGCAUUACCAGUGCUCAAGACUCCCAUCACACAGGUGGUCUCAGUGGUUCAAAGCAGAAGCCUUCAUCAAUCUGCACCAAUCACAGCCUACUCAAAUAUUUCCGCUGCUUCAUAUUCAACCUCCAAAAAUCUCCCCAAGGUGAUGAUUCCUUUGAGCAGCAUCCCUACCUACAGUGCCUCCAUGGACUCCUCUUCCUUCCUGAAGACCUCCUUCAGUAAGUUCCCGUACCCCACAAAGGCAGAGCUCUGCUACCUGACUGUGGUCACAAAGUUCCCUGAAGAGCAGAUCAAGAUCUGGUUCACAGCCCAGAGACUAAAACAAGGCAUCAGCUGGUCUCCUGAGGAGAUCGAGGAGGCCAGGAGAAAGAUGUUCAACACCAUCAUCCAGACUGCACCUUCCAGCUCGCACAACCAGAGCCAGAGUAACCAUAGCCCAGCCCAACACACAAUCACAGUCCUGCCUGCCUCACUGGGGGCUACUGGGAUCCCUCACAUUCUGCAGGGCUCUCUUGUCAGCCAAGGAGGGGUAAUCGUCACGCAGCCUGUAAUGGCAAAUGGUAUCCAGGUUAGCAGUGCACCCGUGGCCCUGGCUGUCACACCUAAGCCCCAGGCAGCAGCCCGCCCCAUGAUGCAGGCCCGACCUGCUGCCGCCCUAGUGGCAGACAAAGGCAUCAGCAUGGUGGUGGGGACGGUGGGCAGCAGCAGCAGCACUGGGAGCAACAUCAUUAGCAGUAGUAGUAGUAGUCGGAGUGGAAGAGGAGGAACUAGCAGUAUUAUUACUAGCAGUCAAGCUAGUGUCAUCAACCUUAGUCUAGGAGGCAGCAAUCUUAGUGAUGCUAAGGUUAGCAGUGUUAAUGGUAAACACAAUAGUGCUAAUGCAGACUGCAAUAACAAGAGCAAUAGUAAUAUCACCAGCCAUGUCAAUGCUAAGAACUUAAAUAUCAGCAAAGCCAACAACACCAGCAGUGUGAAGAGUGACAACAAAGUAACCACAGGAAGCAAAAACACCACAGACAACCGAUCUAAUAACAAAACAGGCAGUGAUGGACAUAAGAGCAAAGAUACCAACGGUAGCAGCAACAAAAACAACACAACUAGCACAAGUGCAGAUGAUGUUGACACCGCCACCAGUAACUCUCCCGCCAUCAAAAUGGAGGAGGCGUCUUCCCCUGCCUCAAAGUCUUCUUCCCCCUCUCCUGCAGCCCCUUUAAGCAGUACACUUGGCUCCCAGACACCUGUUAACGCGUUCCUGGACCCCAGCUUUUACAAGGGCAAGAAGUCUCAGGGGCAGCUCAACACUCUGAAGGACAGUUUCCAGGUCAGCCAGUUUCCCGACCAGGAGGAGGUGGACCGCCUCAUUGCUCUGACUGGGCUCACAGUACGAGAGGUCCGCAAGUGGUUCAGUGACCGGCGUUACCACUUUCGCAACCUCAAAGGGACCCGCUCCAGCACAGGCGGACAGAAUAAGUCUGGCACUGGAGCGGGAGCAGGGAGCGCUUCAAGUACGCCAGGGAGCGGCAACGCUGGCAGUGCCAACCCUGUUGAUCUGACUGAAAGUAGCUGCAACUCUGGUGCAAAAACACCCCAGCACAACUCUGCACCCCUGAGCCCAACGGCAUCACAGACUCCCACCUCUCCCACCACACCUUCCCGCCGACUCCCCAGACCUCCUUCUCCUGACUUCACAGCUAUUCGCUACAAGGAGAGAGAGCCUCAUCAGGUAAAGGCUCUAGAGGCCAGUUUUGGCCAGGACCCUGACCCAGCAGGGGAGGAAGUGGACAGACUGCGAGCUGAGACCAAGAUGACCAGAAGGGAGAUCCAUGGCUGGUUCGCUGACAGGAGGAAGAGAGUGGCAGCUGAGAAAAAGAAAGAGGAGGCGGAGCGGGCGAUGAGAGAGGAGAUGGAAGUUGAUGGGGAGGAGAGACAGAAGGAGGACGGUACAGGAGAACUGAAAGUCAACCCUAUUAAAAUCAAUCUGAAGAUGCUCAAGGUGACUGAGGCCAAUGGCAAAGCAGAGGGCGAAGGGUUGGAUAGCCCGCUUCAGUCCAGCAACACAACUGCAUCCUCCCCAGGCCCAACUCCAUCCUCCACCCCCAAACCAUCCCAACCCUCCACCCCAACACCCAAACCAUCCCCCUCCCCCAAACCCUCAGCCAUUCGAGGUAAGAAGACAGCGGAGCAGCUGCGAUUGCUCAAACAAGUCUACGCCCGUACCCAGUGGCCCAGCGCUACUCAGUAUGAUGAACUGAUCUCAGCCACUGGACUGCCCAGACCUGAGGUAGUGCGCUGGUUUGGGGACUGCCGUUACGUGCAGAAGAACGGCCAGCUGAAGUGGCUGGAAGCUUACCAGAGCAUGGCUCUGGAAGAGGAACUCAAUGAGGCGAACGCACAGAUUCUCCAGGCCCACCGCGACGUCCACGGCAGCCUGGAGGAGUCGCAGUUGCAGGAACUGGCUGAGGCUAGCGGUUUAACAGCGGACUUGGUGCGAUAUUGGUUCUCCACCAAGGCACCUUUGCCCCAUUUGGAACAAACUGCUGCUGCUCAUGAGACAGAACCAAGACCAGUUGCACCAGAAGCAGCAGCAGAGCCACGAACAACGGGAUCCUCCCCAAUGGAGCCACAGCCAGGAGGAGGGACGGAGGAGAAAAUGGAGCAGUCGGUGUGUGGUGUCGCCACAGAAGCAGAGGAGGCCAACGCUGACGAGACUGUGAAUCCUACCAAAGGAACCGAUUAAAGAGGCCUUUUGUACGAGGAUGGAGUUCACAACGCAGGUGGUCUUUGUGUCGGUAGUCUGAGGGAGAGACGGCAGAUGCGGUUGUAACAGGAUCACUGGAUGGAAAUGGACCAUGAAACCAUCCUCACCAAUUCCUCUCUCUCUCCUUCACAAACACU